AUGCCAAUUGAUGGCCGAGCGAUCUGCAGCGAGUUGCAGCUUGUCGACCGAGGAGGCGUCGAUGGGAGGGGGGAGAGGGGCAGGAGGGUUGGCCGACAUGAGGGGCGGCGGCGGGUGGACCCGCGGCGGCCAAGGGGGGAGACGACGGCGGGUGGACCCGCGGCGGUCAAGGUGGCGGCGGAAUCUGCAGGUGGUGACGGGGCAGUCACGGCGGCAGGAAGCGUGGGCGGGGACGACGCGGUCGCGGUGGCGGGAUGGGCAGGCGGCGACAGCGUAGUCGCGGCGGCGGGAACCGCAGGCGGCGACGGCGCGGUCGCGGCGGUGGGAACCGCAGGCGGCGACGAGGCAGUCGCGGCGGCGGAACGGGCAGGCGGCGAUGCGCAGUCGCGGCAGCAGAAACAGCGGGCGGCGACGAUGCGGUCGCGGCAGCGGGAUGCGCAGGCGGCGACGCGCAGUCACGGGGGCGGGAAUCGCAGGCGGCGACAGCGCAGUCGCGGCGGCGGAAACCGCGGGCGACGACGGUGCAGUCGCGGCGGCGGGAUGGGCAGGCAACGACGUGCAGUCGCGGCGGCGGGUACAGCAGGCGGCGACGACGUAGUCGCGGCGGCGGGAUGGGCAGGCGGCGACGAGGCAGUCGCGGCGGCGGGAUGGGCAGGCGGCGACGUGCAGUCGCGGCGGCGGGUACCGCAUGCGGCUACGAGGGAGUCGCGGCGGUGGGACGGGCAGGCGGCGACGAGGCAGUCGCGGCGGCGGGACGGGCAGGCGGCGACGAGAGAGUCGCGGUGA